UUAUACAUAUAUACAGUGAGCAAGAUAUAUUACAAUGACUAAAGUGAUAAUAGUGAUUGCUUCUUUGGUGUCACAGAUACUGGCCACGCAACAAGUGGCAACUGAGACCGAUGUCCGAGCAUUCAUCGGGGACGCGGUGGCCCUGCCUUGUAGGGUUGACAUUAAGCGAUGUGGACAGUUACACAGCGUAAAGUGGUACAAAGACGCCAACAGAGUGUACGUGCUUAGCCAUGCAGGACAAGGAAGGGCCGAAGGAGACGCGACAGAAAGAUUAUGUUUUAUAUUACGCUGACAGAGCUGUCGCAUUGGCUGUCGCAU